GCCCGGGAUCGCGUCACGUCAGGAGGGCGGGCGGGGCUCCCGCGCUGCCGCUUCCCGCGCGGUGCCCGCCGGGACGGAUCCGGUUCCGUGAGGGGAGGCGCGGUGCCCGCCGGGACAGAUCCGGGUGUGCUGCCCGAGGCUCCCGGUCCGCGCCGCUGGCCCCGCUCCGGGCUCGGUCCCCGCCGCUGUCUCCGCCCCAGCCUCCUUCCCCGCCGGUGUUUCUCCCCCAGGCCGCGGCCCCCACUCACCGCCCGCCGUCAUGGCGAUGCAAGCAGCCAAACGAGCCAACAUCCGGCUCCCUCCGGAGGUCAACCGCAUCCUGUACAUCAGGAACCUGCCGUAUAAAAUCACGGCCGAGGAGAUGUACGACAUUUUUGGGAAGUACGGGCCCAUCCGGCAGAUCAGAGUUGGGAAUACCCCAGAGACCCGAGGAACAGCCUACGUGGUGUACGAGGACAUCUUCGAUGCCAAGAACGCCUGUGACCACCUGUCAGGCUUCAACGUGUGCAACAGAUACCUCGUGGUUCUGUACUACAACGCCAACAGGGCAUUCCAAAAGAUGGACACAAAGAAGAAAGAAGAACAGCUUAAGCUUCUCAAGGAAAAAUAUGGAAUUAACACAGACCCACCAAAAUAAGCUGAUCCUUUUUGGAAAACUCUUUUCAAGCCCUGACAUCGAGUUCUUGGCCUAAACGUAGGAAUUCUUAAAGUGUAAUAUUUUUCUCUUAUGAAUUUGAUAAACUGCAAUAUGAAUUUUUAUAUUAGGAUAUAUAUAGGAUUAAAUAAAUGUAGAACAGAGGGAGCUCUGCUUUAAGAUUAAAUCUCCCAAGAUGACAUGGCCUCCCUGUGCUGAGGAUGAUCUGGUAAAGGCUGCAAUGUCCUGUUUCUAGGAGGAGCUUUCAAAAGGGACUGAGCGGGUUCUGUAUUUGACUGAAGAAAGCAAGCCCAAGCCCGUGUUUGUAACAAAGUUUCUUCCACAAGCUGUAGAAGACAACAACUUUUAAAAGGAUCCAGCUGAUAAGGGGAAUCCAGUCCAAGUACCUUGUUCCUAGUGAUGGUACCAGCUCUGAUCAGCUGCAAUGAAACAACCCAGCUCUCACACUACAAAAAAAAAAAAAAGUGUGUGGGGGCUUUGUUCUGUGUCCCGGGUUUGGACUGAGGAUUUGCUAUGGAUUGAAGAACACGUGACCAAAAUGAGACUGGAUGAAGGUUUUCACUUUGAUACCUACCUACAGUGUGAUUGUUUUCUACUCGGCAUGGUUGAACUGUAACACACUUUCUCUACAUACAUUUUUAGGUGUAGCAUGUGGUAGAGAAAAAAAAUUUACUUUUUUUUUGGCUCUUUUUUCAGUACUCAUAUUCUGUGUAUAAAAAUGAGUGUGAUCCAUGUUGUGCAUAGCCAGUACCUUUUGGAAGUGGGAAAAAAUAACCUCUGCCUGUGUUCUGAACCGGCUGGAAGUUGUGUGCAUGUGGGUAGUAUCCUGCCUUGGGAGGAUUUAUUUGUGUGGAUGUGAUGUUCCACUCCUGACCAGACAGCUUCCAGCCAGUGCAGAACCAGGGCAGAUCACAAUAUACUUUGCCUGGGAUUUGUAAUCCAGUUUUGUUUUUCAGUGCAUUGUGCUGUCAUAAAGGAGUGCUUCCUUUUUCUGAAAUUACUUUUUUGUUGGAAUCUGUCACUUCAGGAACAAUGCUGUGUCCAUUUGGUCAAAAAAUAAAUGCAUAUUUUGCUUUUCUUCA